AUGGCACCGCACCUGACUGCUGAACCUAAGCAGUCAAAGCAGACGUGUCCGCGAAGCUUCAAUGUCAACCGGGAGCAAGUCGGAGUGUCGCAGAGCGACGACAGCUGCUGCAGCAUCUGCAGUUUUCAUGCAGAGCUAGUGGCCAUUGAUGCAGAGGACGAAACUGCAUGCAAAGCUAAGAACUUCAACAACAUCGAGAGCCAGAAGCAGAUGCUGCUGAUGCUGCAGGCAAGUGCUGCUCUGCAGACCUUCUGCAAUUCGCUUAUUCACUCCGAUGUUUCUGCACUUCUUCUGGAAGUGUGUGAGUGGGAUGCGCACAGUUUCACCCAGUGGUCAAUGUAUCAGAGAGCCGCAGAAUCACUCUUGGACUUGCUGGCCAUGCCUGCGGUGUGUGCUCUUGCAGAUGCCUACGGACGGCGACCUUUGCUUCUGCUCACCGGACCUUUUGAACUCUGUGGCUGGUCUCUGCUUGGGGCGCUGGUACCUCGAACUCUCACCGCCAAGCCUCUCAUCGCUUUCAUGAAGGCUUUCUCAUCGGUCACGAACACGGCAUUUCUCACCGUCAGCAGCUCCGCUCAGUUUGACUUGCUACAAAACCAACCGAAGGACUUGGCGGAUGCACUUGCUGCAGGCCAGUCGUACGUUGGCCUUGCUGUCGUUGGAGCUCCGUUACUGUCGAUACUGCUUCGCAGGAGCAUGGGAGCACAUGCACCCUUCUGGGUGGCUGGUGUCCUGAGCAGUCUUGUCCUUGGUGCCAUGCUCACUGUGCCGGAGACCCUGCAAGCUUCUGGGCGCAGAUCCAUCGAGCUUCGCAAGUUGAAUCCGCUUGGAUCGGCAACACUCCUGUUUCGGCAGGGCUCCAAUCUGGCCCGGCUGGCCAUGAUGUAUUCGAUCCAAUCUGUGACACGGUGUGUGGAUGCUUACUUGCACACCUUCAUGGAGCUACGACUUGGCUGGGGGCACACCCAGAUGUCGAAGCUUCUUAGCUUUUGGGGCUUUUGUGUUUUUGUCGGUAGUAGUCUGCUACGAAAGGCUUUGAAGCAUUUUUCAGCUCGAAACAUUGUGCUUGCUGGCACUCUCUUCAGUGCAGCCGACCUAGCCCUUCGAGGGCUGACGCAUCGGUGGUGGCACUUGCCAGCGGCUCUCGUCCUGGGGCUUCCGGGAAUUUCUGUCGAAUCUGCUAUGAGAGCAAUGCUAACCUCUGCCGUGCGAGACCAGUGCCCGGCACUGGGUGGGGCUGCGACCCAGGCAGCGCUCAAGAUGCAGCAAACGCUGACAUGUGCUGUCAUAGGCUCUCCACUGAUCGGCCAAGCAUUCGCCUGGUGGCUGCGUCGGCCGAGCAAAGUCAGCAGCGGCUUUGGCUUUGUCGCAACACAUUACGUGAUGGCAAGCCUUUGCAGUCUUCUGGCCCAUGCCUUGCUCCAGUCUUAUGUGCCUGCAUGA